AUGCCCAUGCUCAAGGUGCAGAAGCUCUACGACGCGUGCAAAGCGGCCUUCUCCUCCCAUGCCGGCUCCGUACCGUCUCGCCAACCGCUCCAGCGGGUUCGCGAUAUCCUAGAGUCCAUCGAGGCUGCCGACGUUGGACUUGACGAGGUCGCUGCUUGCUGCGAGAAUCGCAACGCUGCGAAUUACGCCGCAAACCACGCCGCCACGGCUGCGGCAGUCGGGCGCUCCGCGCAAGGCGACGGCGCGGAGGCACGCAGCGGUGCGAACGAGCGGAACGGCAGCGGGGUUGGGGGUUCCGCGGAUGGGCGGAACUGCAGCGGAGCUGGAAUUUCCGCUGAUGGGCGAAACCCGGCGGGCGGAAACGCGAGAGGAGGCGGGGAGGCAACACGCGGUGGCGCAGCUGAUGCUCCGAAAUUCUCUCCGCCAAUCACGUACCUGCACCUAUACGAGUGCGACGACUUUUCUAUCGGAAUCUUCUGCAUCCCGGCGUCCGCAACCAUACCCCUGCACAACCACCCGGGCAUGACGGUGCUGUCGAAGCUGCUGUUCGGGUGCAUGCACGUGCGCUCGUUUGACUGGGCCUUUCCCACUGAACCCUCCACCGACCCUUACCAACCGCGCCUGGCAGAGCUAGUAGAAGAUCAGGUGGUAGCAGCGCCGUGCCCGCCAGACAUCCUCUUCCCCACCAGCGGCGGCAACAUCCACUCCUUCACCGCGCUCUCCCCCUGCGCCGUUCUCGACGUGCUCGCGCCACCUUAUAACGCGGAUGCAGGCCGCCACUGCACGUACUUUAGAGAGCUCGCGCCUGCGAGCUUCCCGGCGCUGGAGAGCACAGAGGGGCUGAAGGAGGGUGUGGAGUAUGGCUGGCUGGAGGAGUUUCAGCCUCCUGACAGCUUUGUUGUGCGCCGCGGGAAUUACCGAGGGCCCAUGGUGUGUGGUUGA